UGCUACUGUCCUUGUGGCGCAAUGUCAAAGGAACUUUUGUUUUGAAAUCUGUCCCGGAAGCUGACUGUUUGUACCCACAUUGACAGUGGUGCCUUUAUGGAAUACGGAGGUUAGCCAGGCUGACAGAAAGUGUUUUAUAGGAAUUCAGCGUUUUGUCGCCGUGGAUCGGUGUUGUCUGUGUUAUGAGAAGCGGACACUGGCUGUCUUAGGACUGUGAUUGAACACCAUGGCUGCAGUUCCUCAACUCCGACGUACAGAUUCAGCUCGGGGGGAGUUUUCCCCUCUGAAGCACUUUGUUGUAGCCAAGAAGAAGAUAAGUGAUGUGUUUGAGCAGCUACUGAGUUAUGUGAAAGAGACUUCAGCAUUUGUAGAAGACAUCUGUGGGAAUAAAGCUCUGGAGAACAUUGCAAGUCAGGAUCAAAAGUUGGAGAUUCAGGCAUAUGCAGACAAACUUGCUGUCAUUAAGGAGGUGCUGGCACGCAGACACAUGAAAGUGGCUUUUUUUGGCAGGACCAGUAAUGGUAAAAGCACAGUGAUCAACGCUAUGCUGAGGGACCGUGUGCUGCCCAGCGGUAUUGGCCACACCACUAACUGCUUCCUGAGUGUGGAGGGCACAGAUGAUGACAGGGCCUACCUUAAGACUGAGGGCUCUGAUGAAGAGAAGAGCAUCAAGACUGUAAACCAGCUGGCUCAUGCACUCCACAUGGAUGAGAGUCUGGACUCUGGCUGUCUCGUCCGUGUGUUUUGGCCAAAGACCAAGUGCGCUCUGCUUCGAGACGACCUCGUACUUGUAGACAGCCCAGGGACAGAUGUUACAACACAACUGGACAGCUGGAUUGACAAGUUUUGCCUGGAUGCUGACGUCUUUGUGCUGGUGGCCAAUUCUGAAUCCACACUCAUGAACACGGAAAAGCAUUUUUUCCACAAAGUGAAUGAACGUCUGUCAAAGCCGAACAUCUUCAUCCUCAACAACCGCUGGGACGCCUCUGCAAACGAACCAGAGUACAUGGAGCAUGUGAAGAAGCAGCACACAGACCGUUGUAUCAACUUCCUGGUUGAGGAGCUGAAGGUUGUGGACCGUGAGCAGGCCCCCAAUCAUAUCUUCUUCAUCUCUGCCAAAGAGGUGCUGAACUCACGCAUGCAGCGUGCACAAGGCAUGCCUGAAACAGGUGGCGCUCUGGCUGAGGGCUUCCAGGAGAGACUACAGGAGUUUAAGAGCUUUGAGAGGAGGUUUGAGGAGUGUAUCUCGCAGUCAGCAGUGAAAACAAAGUUUGAGCAGCACACUAUCAGGGCCAAGCAGAUCACAGAAAAAGUCAAGAGCAUCAUGGACGACAUCAACAUCGAGGCGGCAGAGAAGAGAGUGGCGGCACAAGAGGACAGAGAGUAUCAGAUGGACCGACUGGAGUUUGUCAAGAAGCAGCUCAACUUACUGAUUGAGGACAUCAAGAACAAGAUCAAAGCCAUCAGUGAGGACGUGGAGUCCAAGGUAUCCAGCGCAAUGGAGGAGGAGAUCUGUCGUCUCCAUAUUAUCGUUGAUGAGUUCCAUGCUGACUUCCACCCCUCACCUCACGUCCUCAAGUGCUACAAGUCCGAGCUGCUGGCUCAUGUGGAGGAAGGGAUGGGCAAGAAUCUGGCCUUCCACUGCUCAGACGCCAUCAAUGCUUCUAUUCAGUCUUCUCAGAGAUACAUGAUAGAUAGCAUGCUCCCUCUGCUUCCCUCUGCGGUCCAGAACCAAGUGCACAUGUUGGUGCCCAGCAGGAAGUUUGACCUGAGUUACGACCUAAACUGUGCCACACUCUGCAGCGACUUCCAGGAGAACAUUGACUUUAAGUUUUCGUUGGGCUGGACAGCAUUAGUCCACCGCUUCCUGGGAUCCGUCAACGCACAGAGAGCACUCACACUGGUGGACCUGAACUUCAAGGCAUCUCAACCAGCAUUGCCUCAGGCCCGAACACCCUCCUCAGGACCCCAGUCCACCACAUCUCAGCCCAACCAUGAGACAGCCGUCAUGACCCAGGAAGACCUGAUGGUAGCCAUGGCAACCAAUGUCGCUUCCCUCACCUCGCGCACUUCAAUGGGUCUUAUCGUCGUUGGAGGAGUGGUAUGGAAAACAGUUGGUUGGAGGCUGAUCGCCCUGUCAGCCUCACUGUAUGGCUUGUUAUACCUGUACGAGAGACUCACCUGGACCACAAAGGCAAAGGAGCGUGCUCUAAAGCACCAGUUUGUGAACUAUGCAACCGAGAAGCUGCAGCUCAUCGUCAGCUUUACUAGUAGCAACUGCAGCCACCAGGUCCAGCAGGAGAUGGCUACGACCUUUGCCCAGCUCUGUCAGCAGGUGGACCAGACGCAGAAAGAGCUGGAGGCAGAAAUCCGCCAACUGACAAUCAACAUAGAUCAGCUGGAGGCCAUCCAGAACCACUCCAAGACCCUGCGACAUAAAGCCACAGCGAUGGAGAAACAGUUGGAGGCAUUCACAAACCAGUACCUGCAGUGUCAGCAGUGAAGCUGCUCCUCUUCAUUGCUUCAUAAUUUGGUUCAUGUUGAGCCAGUCAGCCCAGCGUCACCUCACCGCUCCUGGUGCUCUUCAUCACAUGAACUACACCACGGUUUCUCUAUGGACAAUAGUGCUGAGAAGAUUAGUUGAUUCAUUACUUUGUCAACAUAAAUUCAUAUGUUUUGAUAAUCAGUAAAAAUUUUUGUCAUUCAUAAGGAAAGCAUACCAAACCUUCAUAGCUUCUCAAACACUUGGUAUGGUUCUGUUUUUUGUUGUUGCUUCUUUGUUAAAGGUCAAUUUGAAGUUUUUGGUAACUUUUAAUGGACAUUUGUCAUUAAUUUCUGAAAUUUUGCAGACUGUUUUUCUAAUAAAACAGAGAGAUUACUCAAAAAAGUAAGCAAUCUGUAGUUUCACUCUGUGGACAGAGGAGAAUGGAGGCCCCUCCUCCUCAGCCAACCUGGUGCUGGACAAACAGCAGUGAACGUACUGUACAACAAAACUGCCUGCAACACAAACCUGUAUUCCAGUGUGCAAAGAUGCUCGACAAGCAGGUGCUUGAGUCUCGGUUGGCAUGAAGGCUAUGUACCAGUCGGGUGCUAUAUUUUGACACUAACAUGCUUCUAACUGUGAAUAUGCCUUUUUUUUCUUUUUGGACUAAUUCACUGUAUGUGGAGCAAAUGACGUUUUUGUGUGUACAAUUGUUCAUAUGUCUGUCCGGGC